CUGUUUAGGUCUUUAUGUCUUUCAGAGGCGGACACGUCCUCCGGGGAACAGGUUAUAUCAUUGUAAUCUAGUAGUAUAUAUUAAUAUAAGGAAUCUUAUUCGAUGAUAAUAAUUGUUCGUUUUAAAGGGAAAAAAAUACGAGAGGAAAAAAAUAAGGAAGCUAGCUCGCCUAGUUAGCAGUUAGUGUCCAGGCUGGAAUCAUCAGCCCUAGCAACAGCACCGCAGCUAGCAGGCUAACCCUCAGUUCGCGUUCCUGUCGGUUUGACACUCAAAUCAGGCCGCGUUCUGAAAUCUUUAGGGGAUCUUUUAUUUUCCAAACCUUUUCGCUGCCAGACCUGUUUAUGGGAUAAUCAUGUCAAUGAAGCAGACAGGCGGUAAUCGGAAACCCGGCGGCGGGAGCGGGGCCGCGGCGGCCUCGGGAACCGGGGGAUGCGCAGGAGCUGCUGCAGGACGCCACGGGCUGAGCAGGGGCCGCAACAGCGCCAAAGCACACUCCACACCAGUGGCCUUCAGUGGAGUUUAUGCAAACAUGAGGAUGGUUCAUGUCCUAACUUCAGUGGUGGGAAACAAGUGCGAACUUAAAGUGAAAAACGGUGCAGUCUAUGAGGGUGUCUUCAAAACAUAUGGUCCAGAGUGUGAUCUGGUUUUGGAUGCAGCCCACAGGAAAAGCCCAGAGCCGAGCGUUGUUCCUCGACGUGAAGACAUAGUCGAGAGCAUCAUCUUCAAGGCCUCAGACGUCGUGGUGGUGCAUUUUAAAGACGUCGACCUGAGCUAUGCCAAAAAAGUCUCAUCAGAGCAAGAUAACCCUACAGACAACUCAUUAAGCGCCCGAUUAAAUGGAGAACAUAAAGAAAAAGAUUUGGAGCCUUGGGAUGGAGGAGAUCAGCAUAUCUCCGGCAGCUUGGAGUCUCUCGAUACUGACGUGUCAAAUGGUUGGGACCCUGAUGACAUGUUCAAGUACAACGAGGAAACGUAUGGGGUGAAGUCCACUUAUGAUAGUAGUCUGUCCUCAUACACAGUGCCGCUGGAGCGAGACAAUUCCGAGGAGUUCCUUAAACGGGAAGCUCGUGCAGCGCAGCUGGCCGAGGAGAUCGAGGCCAGCGCCACCUAUAAGGCUCGUGUGGCGCUAGAGAACGAUGAGCGAUCGGAAGAGGAGAAAUACUCAUCUGUAGUGCGGGAAGCGCAUGCACUCAGCAGGGACAAUAAAUACAUUCCCCCGGGCCAGAGGAACCGAGAAGCAGGGCUGUCAUGGGUAACAGGACGCCAAAACUCCCCCAGACUCAUGCAGUGCAAUCCUGGUCCUUCUUCAUCAAGAGUUUCACCUCACGACUACAACACACACAGUGGUGUGGAUCAACGUGUUGUCAAUGGAGGUUCCCAACAUUGGUUCUCUCGCUGUCCAUCUCCCUCCUCUCGCCCUUCCUCUCGCUACCAGUCAGGCCCCAACGUCUCCCUUCCCACUCGGCCUCCCUCCAGACCCCCAUCCAGGCCCUCGCGGCCCCCCUCUCACCCCUCUGCCCAUGGCUCUCCAGCACCCUUCUCCACACUGCCCAAACGCCUCUCCUUGGAAGGUCCUCCAAGGAUGUCUCCGAAGUCCCAGCGGACGCCCAGGGCACAUCGAAUGCCCUCCUGCCGGGGAGGUGGUCCCCCUGGAGUGGAAUUCAUGUCACAGGGUACCUCUGUGGAGGCUACAACUACUCCUCCUUCCCGUAGCAGCCCUUCUGGUGGCACUUGGUCUUCAGUAGUCAGUGGAGGACACAGACCUCGCUCUCCUCGGCAAAGCACAGUGGGAGGAGCUCCUUCUGGCCCCUCCUCUUCAUCCUCUCCACAAGCUGGCACAGUGCCAGUCGAUCCAGUAACUACGCCCACUUCGGCAACGUCCCCGAUUUUAGCGAGUCCAGCACCUAACAUGGCUGCUAUACCAGUAACCGAAGCGAAAGAGAUUCGGCACAACUCUCCAUCAGCCAACAAGGAGAAUGUGAAGCCUGUGGAGUCUUCUCCAAGCAGCCGGCCAGUUAGUAAAGGAUAUGCCGGCAUGCAGUCUGACCAUAGAAAGCAAAUCGACAAUUUAAAAAAAUUUAGUGCGGAUUUUAGGUUGCAGUCGAAUCCAGAUCUUUGGGUUGAGACAACGAUGACGAAGUCUUCUGGAGACAAACUAAAGGAGUCUCCCGGUGAUAAGUGCAUGACCGAGUCAACAGGACCCAAGGUUUGCUCAGAGUCUUCCGGUGGUGAAGAGGUGGCAGCGGCAGUGGGUGGCAGCUCUGUGGGGAGUAAACCUGGCACUCCUUCUCCAUGUCCCUCAUCCUCCACUCUCAGCACGGAGCAAAAACGUGUACCUGACGUGACCUCUCAGGGUGUCCAGACUUCCUCACCCGCUGCUGUGAAAUCGGAUGAGAAAGAAGAGAAGAAAGAUCAUGUAUCAGAGAGUGUUAGAAAAUCAACGCUCAAUCCAAAUGCCAAGGAGUUUAACCCCAGACCUUUCUGCACUCCACCCAAACCAGCCACUACUCCGACUCUUACGCGACCCCAGGGUCAGCCCAGUCCUUCCAUCUUGGUGCAGCAGCCUCCUACCGUAUAUAGCCAGCCAAUGUGCUUCCCACAGAUGUACCCACUGACCCCAGUCAGCCCCGGACUGCAGAAAAGCAUUAUCUGGAAGCCUCCGACUAUGUACCAUGUUCCGGUUCCUCACAUGACCGUAAGCCAGUCUAAGUACAGACCAGGUAAAGUACCCAGCAUCCCACAGCAAAGACCCGAGCAGCAUCACCCAGCAGGCACGUCACCCAUGAUGCACCCUGCCACAGCUGCAGGUCCCCCAAUUGUAGCCCAGAACCCUGGUUACUCCCCCCAAUAUUUCACUUGUAACCCUCAGCAUUUUAGCAGCCAGCCGCUGAUGCAGCAGAUGACCCAUUACCAGUCCCAGGCCCAGCAUGUGUUCAGUCCGGUUAUGCAGGGAGGUGCGAGGAUGAUCACCCAAAGCCAUGGCCAGCCCAAUCUGGUCUCCUCCUCUGCUAACCAGUAUGGUGAGCAGACCCACACAAUGUAUGUCUCCGCUCCCAUCCAUCAGCAGUACCCUCAUCCAGGUGCCACCCUUCACCCGCAUCCCCCUCAACCCCCACAGCCUUCAGCCACACCAACAGGUCAGGCUCAGCAGAGUGGGCAGCAUGCCGGUACAAGCCACGCUGCUGCCAGUCCCGUUCAGCACCCACAGCACCAGGCGUCUCUGCACCUGGCCGGUGCGGCUCCCCCGCAGCAACAGAUGUACUCUGCCUUGACGCCAACUCCGCCCUCGAUGACCCCCGGCCCAGCUCCCCAAUCCCCUCAGACCGUCUACAUCCACCCUCAGCAGGUUCAGCACUCGUACAAUCCCAACCACAUGGCCCACAUGCAGCAGGCACACAUGCAGUCAGGAAUGGUGCAUCCACAUCAUGGCACUCCGUCUCACCCUGUGAUGCUGAUGGCCACACAAGCACAUGGAGGCCCACAGCAAACUUUAUCCCAGAGCACACUCAAUCCGAUCCCUGUCUCCUCAACCGCACAUUUCUCCUACAUGGCACAUCCUUCAGUACAACCUCACCAUCAGCAGCAGCUUUAAGAGGAUGAAGAUGGGCUCGUUUCUGCUGACUCGCAGUGACCCCGCUCUUCUCAGCCCUUGUGAGCCACCGACGUGGCGACUGAUCUUCACCUGCUCCUUCUCUCCAUGCCCAGUGAAACGCCCAAUAAACCGUCUUUCACUGCACUUCUGCUAAUCUAUCCCAAAUUCAUGCUAACGAGCGAAGUUGCGGUGAACAGAUGUUUUCUUUUUGUUUUUUUAACACGAGUUUUAACACGAGGGGGACAGUUUUAGAUGCCGUGAGUGAGAAACCGAAUGUCAAGAAACUGGAACUUGCGUGUUGUUUGCACCUUCUCAGUAACAAAUUCUUCCAGUGAAUUGACAGUAUUAACAUUACUGUUAAAUGCUGCUACUAUUGCCAUGUUCAGGAACUUGGGGUAAAGAAGGAAAAAAAAAAAAAAAAAAAAUUGACUCCCAACGACUCUAACCGAAUUAAACGAAACAGAAACUUCCAGUGAUUUGGCGAAAACAAUUAGUUAUUAAUCAAACUGAACAGGCCCCAAGUACGUUUGACUCAUAAAACUGCUAAGUUAAAGUCAAUUUUACUUUGUAGAUAAUAUAAAUGAAUAAAAAAAGAAUAAAAACAUUAAAAAAGUUGUAAAAACUGG